AUGGCCCAGCUUGUCCAUACACUGGGACCUACUUGUGCCUUCCACGAGGAAGAGCCUGAUGACACCUCCAGCGACGGAUUGACACCCCCGAAAGUUAAAGCACAGUUCUUCUACGUGUCUUCCCUCCCAAUUGAUGACCCCCUCUCUCCAGUGCCACCUGUGUCUGCGGACAAGGCUACCGAUCUUCCCCCUCAACCGUUUUCGGCUCGAGACAACGCCGCCUUGGAAGAAGCAUGGCAGACCUUUCAAAAAGCCGACAAAGGAACUUCGGGGCAUGGAGGUGUAACAAGGAGGAGUCUUACACAAGGGCUAUCUUCGUUUUCACAACUCAGAGACGCAACUCCCGCGGACGCCAAAUCACAAGUAACAAAGUCUGGCUCAUCUGGAACCGGGGGCAAUUCUCGUGGCCGUACAAAAACCUCCCCAAAGUUUCCUCCACCAGGAUCCGAGGUCAUGCUGGAUUAUGCCCAUAGCGGUCCGAAGGGCGUCACUCAACCUAUCGAUGCUGAAGAGUUGAAGGAAAAUUCUGAAAUUCAGCAACAGCCCAGCAAGGACACGAGCAAACAUAAGAGGCGAUUUUCGCCCUUUCAUCGCCGACACAAAGAAGGAAAGGACAGCCGUGAUUCUUCUCCGCAACCCGCAAACGUGGGUGAGACAGUUACAUCUGGAACGCAACCUUCCCUGGACCCUGCUUCUGAUAUCAGCGGUCGACCAUUUGCACGGGCCCCUAGCGGACGCAACAUCAAUUCCACCGUGACAUACGAACCUGGGGAAAUCUACACGAAUGAAUCAGAAGCUGAGCCUCGAAGUCGCUCUCGGAGUUCUGGGCGUCGUCGCAAGAAGGAAACGGAGAACGACAAAGCUUAUGUCCCUGUGGGUGUAUCUCGCCUGCAUUUGGUUGAAAUGCCUGAUCUUGUGAUGAAACCAAUAUAUUGGUCCCCUAUCAAUGACACGUCCAACGUCAUUCGGGCUACUUGGUUCUACAAGGACACUAUGUUACCCGUUCCAGCUGACGUGGCAAAUCGCCUAGAAGUCGGCUACGAGUACAUAAAACCCUUUGGCCCCGCUUACCAAGAAGAAUUGCAGGCCUGCAUUGACAAUGGCGCUUCUGCAGAAAUGAAGGUGGUGUACAAGUUGUGGCCUGACGAGCCUAAAUCCAGCAGACCUUCCACUGCCAUGGACAUAAAGGAAACAAAUCAAAAGGACAAGCAGCGGAAGGAAAGCAAAGAUUUGCCAGAAACCAUCCAGAAUGCUGCUGCAGACCCUCGAAACACCCAGCAAAAACGUCUGUUUGCGACUCACAGCGUCAUCUACACGGAUGCUCGAAAUGCUCAAAUUCUGAAGCCUAACCUGCUUCCUUCCAUUGCACAGAAUCGGCGACCUUUGAGUUCCCUGCGGAAAGGGAGACAGAUUGGCGUGGCCGUUGUGCGUGGGUUUGACCGAAAAGCGUGGUUGAAGAUCCAUCCCGAUCCAAAAAUGGAUGCGAAAGCUGCUCAUGCGAAGGUCGGGGCCUUUAUGUCUCAAUCAGGAGAUGCCACUACCCGAGGACGACGAGGGUCAUGCCCGGCUUGCGAACAGGAUAGUAAAGCACCAAAAGUUACUGACCUUGUCUUUGUCAUUCACGGCAUUGGGCAAAAGCUAUCAGAAAGAGUCGACAGCUUCCAUUUCACUCACGCCGUUAAUGGUUUGAGACGGGAAUUUAAUGUUGAACUGGCAAGUGAAGUCAUUAAAGGAAAUCUGAGGCACGGAACGGGCAUCAUGGUUCUCCCUGUGAAUUGGCGGUUGACAGUCUCAUUUGACGAGGACAUUAAGACUUCUUCUGAAGGCACCGAGAAUAAAUACGCCUUGAAGGACAUUACCCCCGAUACUCUCCCGGCUGUCCGAUCCAUUAUCAGCGACGUGAUGUUGGACAUUCCUUAUUAUAUGUCGCACCACAAGGAAAAGAUGACCUCGGCGGUUAUUAGGGAAGCCAACAGAGUCUACAGACUUUGGUGUCGAAACAACCCAGGGUUUGACGAUUAUGGCAGGGUGCAUCUGGUCGCCCAUUCGCUAGGCUCUGUCAUGGCAAUGGAGAUUCUAAGUCAACAACCUACUCGACUUCCAAAGGACAUCAAAAUUGAUCCCAAAAGGCCAAGUGAGAAGUUCUUCGAGUUUGACACGACAAACAUGUUCUGCUGUGGAAGCCCAUCGGGGUUCUUCCUGCUUCUUCAUAACGCCAACCUUAUCCCGCGGAAAGGUAGAGACAAACCCGGUACGAAAGGAGAAGACCGACAACCAGGGAUUGCCAGUGAAGCCAAAUACGGAUGUCUUGCCGUCGAUAACGUUUACAAUAUCGUCCACCGAAACGAUCCAAUCUCCUACCUGCAAAAUGCAUCCGUGGAUGAACUAUACGCGAAGUCCAUUCAACCGGCAGUCAUACCCAGUGCUAGUGUGAGCUUCAUGACGCGCAUCGGUCACAGUCUGCGCUGGGCUUCAGGGACCACCGGUGAUCCGUACUCUGUCAUCACUUCGCCAAUCCGUCCGCAACUGACGCAAAUGCCCAGCACAGUGGAACUGGAGACGCACAAUUUUACUCGCGAGGAAAUUGCCGAGAAACGCAUGUAUCUGCUCAAUGACAAUGGGCAGAUUGAUUGGUUCCUGUCAGCGGGCGCCGGACCAUUGGAAUUCCAAUACUUGAACAUGCUCAGCGCACAUAGCAGUUAUUGGAUUUUGCCAGACUUUGUGAGGUUUCUGGUCGUGGAGAUUGGGAGAGAGCCUGGGAGAAGUCACACAUUGCCGGCGCUAAGAGCAGUGAAGAGGCGAGAAUAUAAGCGGGGGGACAUUCCUUGA